AAUGUAAAGUUUUUUAACCGAAAUUAUCGAAAUUUUCAUAAUUCGAAGAUGAUUGUACCCAGAUUCAAGCUUACGCAAGACUCGAGAUUUGUGACCAUCAAAAUAGAUGCGCCCCAUUGCAGCCUGAAAGAAUUCGAUGCAGACAUUAACGAAAAUGUUUUCUUGUUCGUUUGCAGGCCCUAUUAUUUAAGACUGAAUUUGCCUGGAAAUUUGAUAGCCGAUAAGUCCGAUUCCGUAUGUUCGUUUGAUAGCGAUUCUUCAGAAUUUACGUUUCGUUGUGAAAAAGAAACGCCGGGGGAACAUUUCAAGGAUUUAGAUCUCAUUACCAAGUUCCUCACCAAUAGUGUUGGUGCUAACUACAAUGAUGGCAAGCCGAAGAUAGAAAUUUUGUUUAACGAAACUGAAGAGGAUAAAGAGUUUAGUUGUAACACUAUAGAAUAUGGUUUUGGAUUUGCUCUUAGAGCCAGGAAGGAUUUAAUCAGAAUAAGUUCUGAAUUUAGUGAUGUUUUCGAAAUAGAUCCUUGUAAAGUAUCAGUGGCUGACAGGGGGAAAAUGAGACUCCAAUAUGAACAAGGCAAAUUUAAUUCGGAACAUUAUUGCGCAGAUUUAUUGGAAGAUCAGGAAAUAAAUGAUAUUAUUGCACAAGACGACCCAUGGUCUGACUCAAACGAAUUCAAGUUUACCAAUAGAGAAGAUGACUUUAUGAGGAAUUUAAAUGUAAAAGUUUAUGACUUAACCGACAAACAACUAAAUUAUUGCUACAAUGGACUUAUUGAUAUUUUGUAUGCAUAUUGUUAUGAUCGUCGUACAAUGAUGUAUGAAGAAAGUAUAGAAUCUGGUUGGACUAUCAUAAAACUAGCUGCGACUCUAAGCUGGCUCGAUGCAUUUGAGACUCCAAAAAAAGCAUUGACUUCAGCAUUUCGAAGGAGCGUCAUUUACCCCCUUUAUAGGAACUUUAGAUUAAGUGAAAAAGUCUUUGAAGAUGUUAAGAAGUUAAUGUGCUUAGAUAAGCGGUACCUAGUGAGAUGCUUGAUUGAUAUAUAUUUCAUUUUUCUGAAAGGCGACUGUUGCCGUUAUAUCGUAAACAAUUUAUUUAUAAAUGAUUAUAUCACUUUUAUCAUGCACUGGGACGAGGCAAAGUGGAAGGCUUUCACCGAUAAGGUCCUGUCUAUAAAAAUUCAAAAGGAUGACUUGGGACUUAAUUUGGUACAAACUGAAGCCAGUUUUAAGAUGUCUGCCGAACUAGCUCAACUCAGCAUUGCAUCAGAUGAUGGUUCUGAUGAUUCAUCCGAAGACUCCUCAGAUGAUAGCGAUGAUACUUCUGAGUCAGACUCUAGCGCCCAUUGAAGCUUAUUAAUUAUUUUGUGUUGUUAUGUCGUUGAAUGUAACGAAAGUUUAGUUUGUUUUUUUUUUCAAAUAAAUUUGAGUAAUAAAUUUUAUUGUA